AGAAAGCCAUUUUCGUUGUUUUGAACUCUUUCGCUUACUAGAGAGCAUCUCGCUUGCGAGCUGUUAAAACAACUACUAAAACUAGCUUCAAACUUCAUCAAGACUUUGACUUCGUUUGAAUUUACUUAUCAUCGGGAAGGAGAAUUACUGCUAUUAGUUUUAUCGCUUUUUCUACUUGUAACAAAAAGACCUUGUUUACUACUGCUGCUACUACUAGCACAACGUUUGUAUCUUCCUACAUCAACGUGUAUAAAGAGGAAAAAAAUGAAGACUGCUUGUACUUUGUUGCUCGCCACAACCACUUGUGGCUUGGCACUUCCGAGCUCGACCGCGAUGCCUCCGUACGAGCAAGUCGAAAAGGGUUGGGUUCAAUCGAAGGAGACCUACUCGUCUAUGUUUCUUAAUGGCACUUUGCUCACCAAUGACCAAGUCAAGGGCGUCGUCGAUAACCGCAGUGGUCGCAUGCACCAAGACUCGUGGGUUGCUGCUGUAAAAAAUGCUUUGCAGGUUGACGAGGUGAGGGCGUCUGUGAACAGCAUGGUGAGUGCUAGCGAGGUGUGCAAAGAAAACGGAGGUGUCGACUGCUUCAAGAAGGGGUUUGUGAGCGCUAUCGCAGACAAAGUCGGAGCGCCGUCGGUGGAAACGGAUUGGUUCAAGGGCACUAUCACCGAAGAGCUCACUGAGAAGGCCACGCCUGUGGUAUAACCUAAUAUUUUUUAUACAGCUCUUUAUUUCUGAGGAGUAAAAAAGACGAUAUCUAUGUGAUUCUAUGUGAUCGCGAUUUCAUCUUUUUACCGCUGUACUCAACAAAACCUCCAGGUGUUGCAGUUGGUUAAGUUCAUGGGCACCAAUGGUAUGCUCCCCUUGCUCGAGAGCGUCCAAAAGAUGGACGUUGCCGCCAUGCGCAAGCACGGCUUGGGUCACCUUUUGACCCAGAUGCACGAACUCGCAAAGAGUCCGAUUGCUCCGAUCUUGCUGAAGCACGUCAAGGAAGAGAUUUUCGGUUCCUCCAGCACUCAGGGAUGGAAGAAGAUCUGGCAUGCGGCAAAGGUGUUGUUCAAGGCAACAAAGGACCAUAAUGACCCUCAAGUUGGUAUUUUCGGAAAGAUGCUGACCGCGCGCGUUGAACAACACGCUGGAACGACGGGAGGGGCCCCGGGAGCUGCUGUCAAGGGAAAUGAUCAAGUCACCCUCACAAUCGACGGAGCAACCAAUGAAGUCCAAGACAUGGUCGCAGUGCCUAAGAGCGAUUAUGGUGCUACUUCGUACGCAGAGGCUUGGAACGCUCUGGAGAAAAAAAUCACCGAAGAUAACUUCGGACGUGCCCUAGGGCAACAGGACGUCCCCCACGACAACCGUGGAUACUUUUUGGAGUUGGUCGACUUGGUUGAACGCGUUGUGUCUCAGAACUUGAGCAUUUUCGAGGAUAUCUUCGAUCGAGAAUUUGCAUUGAAGGUGCAGGAGGUUGCUCAGCUCUUCGCUAAGAAUGCCAAGAGCAUGCUGUAUGCCCAGACUGAGAAUUCUACUCCCCAGUAUACCAUCUACGUUCUUUCGAACAGCAAGUUGCACCAGAUGCGUACCUCUUUCCUCGAAGCCACCUUUUCUUCUCUCUUCCGCUUCGACGAGACAUCCACCUUCGCUCUCUUGCGUUUGUUGAAACUGAAGGAGUCUGCUGCUGUGCUCCGAUUGAUCGUCAAGGAGCUGCUUUUUUCGGAGAACCAGAUGGAUUACCUCGUUGACGCUAUGCAUCACGUUACGUAUAAAAUGACGCAGUUUAUGUUGGCGGAACGUGCAAAUGACGCCAAUAUUCGCAACAUGCACAAAGAGAUGGACUCCGUGCUUAAAAACGCCUGGGAAGGUGCAUUCCGUGCUGCCAUUGUCCCUUUGAACGCCCAAGGCGUCCCGAGCGUUCGUACCAGAAUCCCGCACACAGUGGGUGACGAUAUGGGCUUGGAAACUGGCAUUGUGGCAAUUGCAGAACAGCGUGCUCGCGCCGCAGCUGAUCGCACGGCUGAGUGGGCACGAGAGGCAGAGGAAGAGAGACGAUCGCGAAUUACGCCGGAAGCUCUGGACCUCCGUGGUGCACCAAGUGGCCGACAGGUGGACGUGCGUGGCAAAUCUAUCAAGCUUCCGGGUGGUCUUUGGUACCAAGAAGCUGA